AUGCCUAACCCGUCUGCAGGCAGCGCCAACCCCUCUGCAUCUCUAUCCUCCCUCUGGGGAUAUUUACUCCCAGCAUUAAAUCCACAUCCAACCUAUAACUAUUUCACUAUGCAAGUUGAGACUGUCAACACUAACAAGGAGCGCGAAAGACUUACACCAAGCGGAACGGAUUUGUAUGAGCAUAUCGACAAGUACUAUGCGGAAGUCGCUCGGGAACUGUUACUCGGUGCUCCAGAGGAUGAUUCAUCUCUGAUCCAUUACAUCGUCCCGUGUUUCAACCGCUACGCCGCUGGCGCACACUCCGUGAACCGUCUCCUCAAUUAUGUGAACCGACACUAUGUGAAACGCGCUGUCGACGAAGACAGAGGCUGGCUCACUCUGAGCGAUAUUUUUGAUGCUGUUGCGAAGGCUAUACAGGACGGGGACACAAAAGAUAAAAUUACGAAUAAGUUGAAGGAGAGGCGGACGGAGGAGUUGAAGAAGUGGGGGUGGGAUGAAGGGGGGACGAGCGAGCAGCUUGCGCAUGCUGAGUCGUGUGCAGAGGCGGCAAGUCCGGUUGACCGUGUCGUACCACUGUCUGCGCUGGCGCUUCGACGGUUUAGAACGGAACUUUUGGAACCUUUGUUGGCUGUUCCCAAAUUGAAAGGGAAUAAAAGGAGAAAGGCAGGAACUCAUAAUGGGAACGCUCCCAAUUUACCAAAAGGGCGUCUUGCGAGAGCUGUCAGGGAGUUGCUAGAAAAGCAAGAUGUGGAUGUGGAGGAGAGGAAGAGACUAGUGGCAGAACUUGCAAACGCAAUGCGCGUUACUGGCAGGCUGGAUAAGUAUUUAUCAACGGGGACUGUAUAG